CAUUUGUCUUUAUAAGAGGGCAAAUAGUGGAGGGCAGCAGGAAGCCAGGCAGAACCCUAAAGUGCUAAGGCAGAGAAAGGAGAGAGAGAAGAGAUAAGAGGCUGAAGAGGGUUAACAUCAGCCUCCAAGUUAGCUUCCAAUUCUUGGUGAAACUCCCAGAGGGAGACUGAUAAAUCAUGAAGUUAAUUGCCAUCCUUUUCCUUUGUUCCAGGCUGCUAACAAGUUUCGCCCAAGAGGACCAACCACAAGAAGUUGACUGCAAUGAUGAGGAUGUAUUUAAGGCUGUGGAUGCAGCUCUGAAGAAAUACAAUGAUGGAAGCAAAAGUGGCAACCAGUUUGUAUUAUACCGCAUAACCGAAGGCAACAAGACGGUACACCUUGACAUAUUUUAUUCUGUCAAUUACGAAAUUAAAGAGGGCAACUGUCCUGUUCAAAGUGGCAAAACCUGGCAGGACUGUAACUACAAAGAACCUGAGCAAGCUGCCACAGGAGAAUGCAUGGCGACCAUAGGGAAGAGACGGAAUGUGGAAUUUGCUGUGACAUCCCAGACCUGCCACAUUACUCCAGCCAAGGGCCCUGUGGUGACCUCUGAGUAUGAAUGCCAUGGUUGCCUGAACCCCAUAAGGACUGUACCCGCUGACUUCAACCCUGUUCUGAGGCAUGCCAUUGAACAUUUUAACAACCACACUAAUCAUUCCCACCUCUUUGCUCUUAAAGAAGUAAAAAGGGCACAGAGACAGGUGGUGUCUGGAUGGAACUAUGAAGUUACUUACUUAAUUGAGCAGACUAAUUGUUCCAAAGAGAAUUUUAAAUUCUUAAACCAAGACUGCAAGGCCCUUCGCAAUGGUGAUACUGGUGAGUGUACAGAUCUUGCAUACGUGGAUCCUCAGCUAAGAAUUGCUUCCUUCUCACAGAAGUGUGAGAUUUUACCAGGAGAGGAUUUUACCACAGGUUGCCUUGGCUGCCCCGACGAGAUACCUGUCGACAGCCCUGAGCUGAACGAGGCUCUGAAUCAUUCCAUUACAAAACUUAAUGCACAGAUUAAUUCAAUUUUCUUGUUCAAGAUUAACAUUGUGCACAGAGCAACAUCACAGGUGGUGAGUGGAUUCAAAUAUUUUAUUGACUUCACAGCCAAGGAAACCACAUGUUCCAAGCAAAGACAUGAAGAGUUGAGCGAAAGUUGUGAGUUCAAAAAACAUGGAGCAAUUCUAAGAUGCACUUUUGAUGUUUACCAUCCAGUAGGUGAGAAGAAAAAAAUUGACUCUACUUUCAAAUGUCAAUCACCACAAAAGGAGCAACUAAGACCCUGCGUGUACAAGGGCCGACCUCAGGAGGCAGGGGCAUAGCCAACAUCUGAGAGUGUGGCCUCUUGACCAGUGGGCAGAAUCUCCACACCUGGCACAAUAGCCCCAGCAACCUGUCAGCAGCCCUAAAUGGAAGGACAAGAAGAUGGGAUAGAAUGUCAAUAGAGAAGAAUGCCAUUUUAUCAUUCUGUUUCUGGGUGAAAUAAAGUUUGAUCUUAAUGUUCACA